CUGUGGCAAAUCUAGCAUGAUAAUCCAAGCCCCCACGAAGGACAGUGUACUCCAAUGCAAGUAUCCUGCGCAAAACCCAUUUGCGAUGGGGAGAUCAUCAUAUAUGCCUCGUAAUCGCCCUGCUCUUCCAUUUUCCUCGGGCCGUGCUUCCUGUAUUGCUAAACUGGAUACCAAGGCUUCUGAAAUAAAUUCUCCAAACAGAAUUCUUCAGCCAUUGAAACUGUACAACCCAAUGAGCAGUAGACAUCAUUUAUCAUCAAAGAAAUUAGCCAGACAUAAACCUAAUGGCCCAGACUCCAACUUGAUGGAAGAAGCUAGUGAGUCUUCUAGCUGUGCCACUCCCAUGUUGAUUUCUGCUGGAGCUUCCUGUACUUUGAAACCAAAUACCAGAACUUUGAGCAUGCAAUCACCUAAAGAUGUGUCACGACCAUCUAACUAUCCCUCGAGCAGUAUUCGCACUCCAUCUGAAAAGCUAUGGCAAUCGAGCCACACACCUGCUACCCCCUCCAGUGUGGUUGCAAAUUACAAGUAUGUGAAAUGGUCAGAUGCUCGCUCUGUUAAAGGCAAGGAUACUGACAGGACUGCAUCGGACAAUGAAAAGGAUCCAAUGGAUCAGAUAGUAGUUUGUCUUUUCAAUGAUCCUGAGGAUGCAAAUAAAAAAGAGAAAGUACUAGAGACACCAAGCCUGAAGCAAGAACUAGAAGGACCAAAAUCUCAGGAGAGCCCAGCACUUGUGGACCUAAAGCUGGAAAAACUAAAGGUAUAAGAACCAGUGCUAAUGACAUAAUUUAAACCUGAUUUUAAAAAUAUCGCUACCAGUGAUAUUGACUUGGCAUCACUUGGGUAUUAUAAGUACUUUGUUAACUUUCUUCUUUUCCCAGUAAUUUUGUAUUGAGACAGUGCUAGUGGGAGACUUGAAGCAAAACGCAGCCCCUUUGAGCCUACCACAUUAUUACUACUUUUUUAAAGCUUUGAACAAAUGAAAACAGCAAAUUAUUCUACUUUGCCAUUGCAUUUGUUAGCUUAAUUUAAAGUUCUGAGUGGGAGAA